AGUCGUGUGGCUCGCCUUUGCUAACUCGACAAAAGGCUCGAAAUCAACCAGAUGGAAUUCCGCACUGCCUUCCUAACAGAUUGCUCACAUUUUAAAUUGUUUUGCACUCUUUAGCUGGCUGACCGGCGAACUAACAGCCCUGGCGUGACGGCCGAAGUUAAUCAGGGCGGCUGUGAAGCGGGUCAGAAGCGCCGUAGACGUUCAAACACAACAGAUUCUUCCUCACUUGACCUGAGUGUGUGUCCAUCAUGCCCCUGUUUGGUAAAUCCCACAAGACUCCGGUGGAGAUUGUCAAGACUCUCAAGGAGAACUUGGCUGUGCUGGUUAAGCAGGACAAAAAGACAGACAAGGCAUCUGAGGAGGUGUCCAAGUGUCUGGUGUCCAUGAAGGAGAUUCUAUACGGGAGCAACGAUAAGGAGCCGCACACAGAGACGGUGGCCCAGUUGGCCCAAGAGCUCUACAACAGCGGCCUGCUGAUCACACUAGUGGAGCACCUGCAGGUCAUCGACUUUGAGGGCAAGAAGGACGUGUGUCAGAUCUUUAACAACAUCUUGAGGAGGCAGAUUGGAACCAGGUGUCCCACUGUGGAAUACUUCUGCUCACAUCAAGAGGUUCUCUUUAUCCUGUUGAAAGGGUACGAGGCACCACAGGUGGCGCUCAACUGUGGGAUCAUGCUGAGGGAGUGCAUCCGCCACGAGCCGCUGGCCAAGGUGGUUCUUUAUUCAGAUGAUUUCCACAGAUUCUUCAGCUACGUGGAGAUGUCCACCUUUGAUAUCGCCUCCGACGCCUUCGCCACCUUUAAGGAUCUCCUGACGAGGCACAAAGUGCUCGUAGCGGAGUAUCUGGAACAAAACUACGAUGCGGUAUUUGCAAACUACGAGAAGCUGCUGCACUCUGAGAACUACGUCACCAAGAGGCAGUCGCUCAAGCUUUUGGGCGAGCUGUUGCUGGACCGACACAACUUCACCGUGAUGACGCGCUACAUCAGCAAGCCGGAGAAUCUCAAGAUGAUGAUGAACCUGCUUAGAGACAAAAGUCCCAACAUCCAGUUUGAGGCCUUCCACGUCUUCAAGGUGUUUGUCGCCAACCCCAGCAAGACGCAGCCCAUCGUCGACAUCCUCCUCAAGAACCAGACCAAACUGAUCGACUUCCUGAGCAACUUCCAGAAGGACCGCACGGACGACGAGCAGUUCAACGACGAGAAGACCUACCUAAUCAAACAGAUCAGGGAUCUCAAGAAACCGGCCUCCUAGAGCCCAAUUCUUUAUCAGUAGGAACAUGUAGAAACAAAAACAAACACAUUAACUAUUUAAACAAAAUCAAGAUAUUUGUAUUUGCUCUUUUGCGCCACUAAAAUGUGUGCAAGAAUAGUUCUCAAUCACGUUUCUUUUGUAUUUCAUAUUUUUUGGUCAUUAGCAUGUAGCAGUAACGCAGCGGUUAAAAAUACAUUCUCUUUAUUUUCAAUCACGUUGAUGAAAUUCUGUAACUGCGUACUUGAUGGAAAUAAGUAUGCGGUUGCUUCGGUGACCCCAAAACCCAACAUUACUUGCGACAGGUGUAAGAUAGAAGAACUGUUUACAGCUUGACGCCAUCUCACUAAACGUACACCAAAUGUUGCCAACAAGAACGUGAUUGACUCUUAAUUUGUAAAUGAAGAGCCUUUAACUGGGCUACAGCGGACAUUUAACGGUUUGAUCUUUCUUCUUGCGGCGCGCCUCUUAGCACUUUCUGUAUUUUAAAUGGAUGCGUCUGUGUAGGCUCUCAGUCGUACAGGAGUUGUCCAACGAGGGAAAGGCUUCUUGAGACGUCAUCUGUACUUCUGUGAAGAAGGU